CCCACCCCGUAAGCCAAGCACCCCGCGAGCCAAGCACCCCGUGAGCCAAGCUGACCGCUGUCCCUAACCUCGCCUUUCAUCCUCUCCCCAGGUUCCUGCCGGCCUCCCGUUAGCCAGCGCCUUCACUACAGAAAUGGCGACGGCCGAAGUGAUAAAGAUUGGUAAAAAGCUCUAUGAGGGUAAAACAAAAGAAGUCUAUGAAUUGUUGGAUAAUCCUGGCAAAGUCCUCUUGCAGUCUAAAGACCAGAUCACCGCGGGCAACGCCGCUAGAAAAAAUCAUCUGGAAGGAAAAGCUGCUAUCUCAAACAAGAUUACCAGCUGUAUUUUCAAGUUGUUACAGGAAGCAGGUAUCAAAACUGCUUUCACCAAAAAAUGUGGUGACACAGCUUUCAUUGCACCUCAGUGUGAAAUGAUUCCAAUUGAAUGGGUUUGUAGAAGAAUUGCAACUGGUUCUUUCCUCAAAAGAAAUCCUGGUGUCAAAGAAGGAUACAAAUUCUACCCUCCUAAAGUGGAAUUGUUUUUCAAGGAUGAUGCCAACAAUGAUCCUCAGUGGUCUGAAGAACAGGUUAUUGCUGCAAAAUGGUGUUUUGCUGGACUGAACAUAGGUCAGACUGAAGUGGAUAUCAUGAGUCAUUCCACACAGGCUAUUUUUGAAAUACUGGAAAAAUCCUGGUUACCUCAGAACUGUACAUUGGUUGACAUGAAGAUUGAAUUUGGUGUUGAUGUGACUACAAAAGAAAUUGUUCUUGCGGAUGUUAUCGAUAAUGAUUCUUGGAGACUCUGGCCAUCUGGUGAUAGAACCCAGCAGAAAGACAAGCAGUCAUACCGGGACCUUAAAGAAGUGACUCCUGAAGGCCUCCAGAUGGUGAAGAGAAACUUUGAAUGGGUUGCAGAAAGAGUGGAGUUGCUUCAUAAAGUGCAAAGUCCAUGCAGAGUUGUGGUAUUGAUGGGCUCAACUUCUGACCUGGGUCAUUGUGAAAAAAUUAAGAAAGCUUGUGGAAACUAUGGCAUUCCCUGUGAACUUCGAGUCACAUCUGCCCAUAAAGGCCCAGAUGAAACUCUAAAGAUUAAAGCAGAGUAUGAAGGAGAUGGUAUUCCUACUGUGUUUGUGGCAGUAGCUGGCAGAAGCAAUGGUUUGGGGCCAGUAAUGUCUGGUAAUACAGCAUAUCCAGUAGUCAACUGUCCUCCCCUUACACCUGAUUGGGGAGCCCAGGAUGUAUGGUCCUCACUUCGAAUGCCUAGUGGUCUUGGCUGUUCGACUAUACUUUCACCUGAAGGAGCAGCUCAGUUUGCAGCCCAGAUAUUUGGAUUAAAUAACCAUUUGGUAUGGGCUAAACUUCGAGGAGGCAUGUUAAACACAUGGGUUUCCUUGAAGCAGGCGGAUAAGAAAAUCAGAGAAUGCAGUUUAUAAGACUUUGCAUCCCUUUUUGAAAGUGGAAAACAAAAAAAGAAUCUUUAUAAAACUUAUAACUUAGCUUCAAAAAGCAUUAUUAAUCAGGCAAUUGUAGAAUGUGUAUGUGUUCAUCUUUAGAAUGUAUAUUUCUUUCCAAAUAGAAAAAUUUUGUAAUUCUGUCUGGAAAUGUUUUUAUGGUCGGUUAUCCAUUGUCUAGAAAUCAUUAGCCAUGUUGUAUGCUAUUCCUAUCUAUCUUACAGUAUGAGAUAAAGUGUUACUUCCUAUCACAGAGCUAGCUCUCUAAAAUUACUACUAGGCCUUGCCAAUAAUUCUAAAUUUAUAAGAUUAAAGCAAACGUGUGUCUUGAAAAUGAUAGUAAAAACUUUUUUUUAUCUCCUGUUUUACAUAAUAGGCAAUUAAAGCUCUUCUGUCUAUAAUUCC